AUGACAACACCAUCAUACACCAAGAACUUGAAUAUGAACACGAAAUCUUCAAAAGAGCAAACAAGAUCGAAACGACCACUUUCUGAAAUAUCACCCAAUUUAAGACGAGAUCCAUUGAAAAAGCGAAGAAAUUCCUUAGGUUUUGAAAUGGCCAGUAUCCCUCUGAAUUCCAUAAAAUCUUUUCCAUCAAGAAUUCCUCCUCCAACUGCAUCAAAGUCAGCCACUAUAGCUUCUUCUUCUUCUUCUUCAUCAUCAUCAUCGAUGCUGUCUUUAUCAUCUAUUCCACAAGGUAUUCUAUCGAUUCAAGAAAGACUAAGACGGAAAGCAAGUGUUAAUGACAAUAAUGGACAAUCAUCAUCGAGUUUUGCUGCGAGACCUCAAUCAACUGUAUCCAGAUCCAAUGAACUCCAAGAAGAAUAUUAUUCACUAAAUGAACUAUACAAACAACAAGCUAGUCUGUAUGAAAAAUUAGAGGUUGAAUUGGGAAAACUAAAAGAGAUUUAUAAAAAUUACUAUUAUAAAAUUGACCUAAUUAAUGACUUGGUUCAUCAAAAGCAGAGUGAAUUUGAAAUAUUGGAGCAUGAUAUUAUCAAUGAUGUUGAACAAGAAGAAAAAUUAACGUAUUCCAAAUUGCAUGAAAAUAAAAUAAAACUAGAUGGACAAUUUAAAGAGUUGGAGUUUGAAAUGUUAAAUCAAUUGGAAGAUGCCAAACAAUUUGACUUUAAGGAAUUAUUAACCAAAAUUGAAAGUUUAAAAACAGAAAAGAUGACAGUGUUGUCUGAGUAUGAAAAAGUUAUGUCAGAAGUGAAUGCCAAGUUGAAUGCUGAUAGAGAACAAUUUAGCAAAGAUUUAGAGGAUAAACUUCAUCCAUUAAAUAAAAAUAAACAAUUGAUAAAUGAUCAAUUGAUUAAUAAAAAGGAUGAAUUGACUAAACUUGAAACAAAUUACAAUGAGCUUAAAGACCAACUUGCUGAAAGAAAUGAUUCUAUAGACUCUAUUAAACAUGAGAUUGCUAACAUCGAACAAGAGAUGAACAAUUAUCAAGCAACUAGGAAAAACUUGGAAUUGAAACUAUCAGAAGCCGAACUGGAAUUACAUGAAGCAUUGGCUAAAGAUAAACAGGAGCAAAGGGAAUAUGACAAUGUUCGUUCUGAAUAUUCAGUACUACAUUCCAAAAUUGCCAAACAUGACGAACAUCGACGAAUUUUGGAGAAUUCAAUCAUGAAAAUACAAGGAAAAUUUAGAGUGUAUGCCAUUGGCGAAGAUCUUGACACGUAUAACAAAUGUUUUGCGAAAGAUACUCCAUCUUCAUUUAUAAUUGAUGAAUUUCAAUGUUUAGUGCAGUCAACAUUAAAAGGUCACAAUGUAGCCAUAAUUAACAAUUAUCUUCGUGGGUCACAAAUUGUCAUUGACUCGUAUAAGAACAUUCAAAGACAACAGAAAUAUAUUUACCAAUGUAUAUCGAUUAAAAAUGGUGAUAAAAAUACUGAUAUUUGUGAUUUGUUGAAUUCUAAUGCCCCAGUCGACUCGCUAUUCCAGCACCAACAAAUGGUCAUUGACGAUUUUGACCAAUUUAAACAAAUUGUCAAAAAAAUUGAUGCCACAUUAUCGCAAGAAAUCGCCAUUCAUAUAAUUUCAACAGAUAAGUCAAAAUUAAUGAUUAUUGAUUGCUCAAGAAUUGAUCCAGACCAACAAGACAAGAUUCUUGAAAAAUUCAAAUCCAAUAGCUCGCUUGGGUUUUUGGAAAAAUUACUUACUUGGAUAUACCAUAAUUGUUCUACAUUAUUCUUAUACGAACCAAAAACUUCUCAAUCAAAUAGUCUACUAAAAUUUAUCAAUUCUAUAGAUUCGCCUAUUUAG